UCUUGGUUUUGAACCACCACCAUCGCACCUAUAAUUUUACAAGUUAAUUAAAGAACAAAAACCCAAAUCCAGCGUGAUAAGUUUCUCGUCAAAAAAAAAUUCACUGAUUGCAUAAAAGGGCAAUUGUGAGAAUUCACUGUGAGUUUGUUUCUCUCCCGCCAAAUUCAUAACCGUUUCAUUAGCCAUGGAAAACGCCAUCUUCUUCUUCCAACUCAUGCUAAGUUUCAGUAUCUUUGCCGUUACAGAAGCAGCGGCGCCACCACCACCACCUUCAUCAAGAGGAGGAUGCACCGAUCAGCUAAUUCUAUUCUCACCGUGUCUUUCUUACGUUUCGUCUCCUCCAAACAACCUCACGGAGACAGCUUCCACCAAAUGCUGCGACGCUUUCUCAUCGUCGUUCGCACCUAACUCUCUCUGUUUCUGUUAUCUCCUCCGUGAUGAUCAGAUCCUCGGUUUCCCUCUCAAUUCUACAAGACUCCUCUCACUCUCAUCUCUCUGCCUCUCGCCUCCUCCAACCACCUCUUCUCUCAAUUCACUUUGCGCAGAUUCAUCGGUUCUUCCUCCUCUCGGCAGCGCAGAUAUUCUUCGGAAUCCAGUCAAUUCUUCGGUAACAGGGACAGUGACCGGCGGUGCAGGAGGGAAAACGGUACCCCGCAAUGACAAGGGAGCAGGGACAAUGUUGAAUGGCUCAACUUCAACACUCAAUGGUGAUGGAUACUACAAGCUUUUGCUACUCUCUCAAUUACUUGCAUUCUUUUUUGUUAGGCUUCCACUCCUCAACACUCUCUACUUUUAAUGCUCAGAAAAAUUUCUUGUUACUAGUUUUCAUUACUGUCAUCAUCUUGUAUAUUCAUGGCAUGUAUAGUUAAAAGCUUGAAUUUCUAUUUCGCCUCACUUUGAUCAUUACAUUACAGAC